UAAGUUCUUUCAAACAGCUUUUUACCAAAAUGGUCAAAUAUCUCGUUUUGUUUCACAAAGCUCCUAACCAAACGCUCAUAACCAAACGCUCCAAUAACCAAAUUAUAGUAGUUAAGAUACAUUCUAAUUCAAUCCAAACAAGAAUCAAUCAUUCGACCGAAAAUAACCCAACUUGAACCAAACUUAGACCCAUAUAGGCGAUAUAGCUCAACCGAGGUGCACAUAAACGAGGAGGAGAAUGGGAAUAUUUAAACCCUUAUAAAAGGCCGUCUAUGAACCAAGUUGAGCGCAAUACGUGCAACCUCUCCUGUGAUCGAUCAAAUCUGUUUUUUUUUUCCUCAGAGAAUAAAGAAAAUUCCCCUGAACCAACUUAUUAGACACUUGUACAAAUCAAACACAAACAUUAUAACACCCAAAUCAAUAAAUCAUCGUACAAAAUAAAUAUUAUCCUUUUUAUUCGCUUUCUUUAUUUGACCUUUGCUGCUGACAGCUGACUACUACCCCUUUCACUCACAAAAACAGGGCAAAAUACAACCAAUUCUUCCAUUCUUCCCCAAAAAAAAAAAAAUAUCUUUCCCAAAAAAAACCAAAUAAAUUCUUUCUUGGAAUUUUAUUUUGUUGUUUUUCUCUUCUUUUUGCAUGGUUGAAUACUGAAGAAAUGAAGAUAAAUACAAUAAACCCAUCAUCAUCAUCAUCAUUAUCAUAUGAUAAAAUUCAUAAUGCAAGAAAUCAUAGGAAUUUCAUAAAAAGUUACAAAAAUGUAAUCGGAGUUCCCCCAAUUUUGUUAUGGUUUCUUGUUUUAACCUCUUUUUUUAGCCUAUUUCUUCUUUACUCUCCUAAAUCUUUUCAUUUCUCCUCUCAACAACAUAAACUACAAGAACGACGUCAACAAGAACGUCACUUUCCUCGUGCGCGGAGUAAACAGCAAUCUGGUGAUGAUAAUUGUGACUUGUUUAAGGGCAAAUGGGUACCAGAUUUAAAUGGAUCCAAGUACACAACAACUAGCUGUGUAACAAUCCCGGACUCGAAAAAUUGCUUCAAAAAUGGAAGAAUUGACAUAGAUUUUGUGAAUUGGAGAUGGAAACCAGAUUAUUGUGAGCUUCCAAGAUUUGAUCCUCAUAAAUUUCUGAAAAUUGUUGGAGGAAAAAAAUUAGCUUUUGUUGGGGAUUCUGUAGCUCGGAAUCAAAUGGAGUCUCUACUAUGCCUUCUAUCGCAGGCAGAGACUCCAAUGGAUGUAUAUAAAGACUCUGAGGACCGGUUCCGAACAUGGCAUUUUCCUUCAUCCAACUUCACUCUCCUGAUGUUUUGGUCCAAAUUUCUUGUGAAGUCAGAGGAAAGAAUGGUGAAUAAUUCUGGCACUGGCAGUUUUGACCUUCAUCUCGACGAGGUUGAUCAGAAAUGGGCCUCAAGACUCCCUGGAUUAAACUAUGUUAUCAUCUCUAGUGCUCACUGGUUCUUCAGGAAAAACUACUUAUAUGACCAGGGCAAAUUAAUCGGGUGUGUUUACUGCAACGAUCCAAACGUUCAGGAAUUAGGCCUCAAUUACUCCUUGAGAAUGUCAUUUCGAGCAGCAUUAAAGUACAUCAACAACUGCAAAGGAUGCAAGAAGGAUAUGGUGACCUUAAUAAGGACAUUCUCACCAGCACAUUUUGAGAAUGGUGCUUGGGACACUGGAGGUAGUUGUAAUCGGACUAACCCUCAUAGCGAAGAGAAGGGUAAGGAGAUGAAAAAGAGCUUCGAGUUAGAGCUAAGAAAGAUACAAAUGGAAGAACUCGAAAGGGCAAGUAAAGAGGAUCAGGGACGAGGGCAGAGGAAGUUAAGGGCUUUGGAUAUAACUUGGGCAAUGUUAAUGCGGCCUGAUGGUCACCCUAGUGAGUUCUGGGGUAACAAAUGGAUGAAGGGGUAUAAUGACUGUGUACAUUGGUGCAUGCCCGGUCCUAUUGAUGCGUGGAACGAUUUCUUGUUGACUAUGUUGCAGAAAGAGGUUGGAUUAUCCUCGUGAUUAUAGAAAAUUACAGGCACAUACAGAGAAAGGAUAUAGUCUACAUCUGAUAAUAAUACACUUGCUUUUGCCAUGAAAUUGAUUAGUAAACACACAAGUUCGAGUCAUUCAACAUUCUUUGUAUCCCUUAUUCGAGGGAAGAUGUCAAUAUUUGGGUUAUUUGGUUCGAGGAAGUACAACUUCUGGUGCUGGUUACAGAAAUUACAGGAUAGUAAGCUUUUUGAUUUGCUUUGGAUGUAUUUUGCUGCCUUUGACAGUGAGUUAAUAUACAAGGGAUCUUACUAGACUAUUAUAUCAAUCAAUCAAUCAAAGUCUUAAUCCCAUAAAUGGGGAUCUUACAAGACUGUUAUCUGGUAGAAAAAGAAUCCUGCAGGAAAUUCUGUGUUGCCUGUUUGAAUCGCGUUGAUACAGAAACUAGUAUGGACUGCAAUAGAGAAAUAAAUGGUAGUUUGUGAUUGUAUGUAUGUAAACUUGAACAUAUAGAGAAUACAUCUG